AUGUACCUUAAUAAUAAUAUGGUUGAAAAAGGAAUUUGUAAUGGAACUGUUGGUGUAAUUGCAGAUAUAGAUCAUACUCAAGAUUUAGUCAGAAUUGUUUUUUGUAUAAAUGAUCAAUCAAUGAUCCAAGAAUAUAAUUGCCUAAAAGAAAAAAUAUCAAUUCCUUUACCAUUAUAG